AUGUCAGCAUUAAACUUGCGUACAUCAGCACGCACAUCUAUAUUGCGCAUCUGGACGCAAGUUCAAGCAGAGAACUACCAUCCAGACUGUGUUGAAAGUGAACAGCUCUUGGGUAGUGCCAGACAACAUUUCUCUCGUUUUAUGGAUAACCAUUUUGCCCUCGUGUCCAGCGCACAUGGAGGCGAGAUGGCAGAGCAUGAUGAUUUGCUCGCUUCAACGGAGGAGAUUUUCAACAACAUUUGCAUCAAAUUAAAACGUAAAAUGUCAGCGUUUAGUGAACUUCCCAACCAGGAAUGCAGCCAUGCACCAGACAUGCGUUUGGAUCCCGUCUCCAUUCCAAGCUUUGACGGAGAGCCGUCCAAUUGGUUAGCGUUUAAGGAUAUGUUUGAGACGCUGGUUCACAACAGGAACGACUUGCAGCCCACCUAUAAACUGGGAAAAUUGAGACAAUAUGUGAAGGCGGAAAAGGUUCCAUUAGUCGGUGGCUUGUACACAGGUGGGUAUGAGGAGGUCUGGGCUGAACUGAAACAACGUUACGACAAUCCCCGUACUCUUUCGGAACAUCAUGUUCAGCAUCUACUAGACUUACCAACCCACCCAUCAGAAUCUCGAGCUACUCUACUUAAUUUUGUGGAUAGUGUACGUAACUCCUUCAGAGCGCUUGAAUUGAUGAAUGUGCCAGUAAAACAGUGGGAUGCUAUAGCCGUACCUCUACUACUACCGAAAUUACCGAUUGUUACUCGAACCGAGUGGGGAAUGAGCCUAAAAUCCAAUGCAAUUCCGAAAAUGGAAGAAGUGAUAAUGUUCGUGGAGCGGCGUGCAGCUAACCUGCCGACAUCGUCGCCAAUUGCUCCACAUAUUUCAAGCGGACGGACAUCGAGUCGUGUCGUGAAGGCGCAUCUGACUAUGAACUCCGGAAAAAUUCUUAAUCCGGUGGUAGCAUCUGACAAGGCAACGAAUUGCCCAUCUUGUAAUGAGUUUCAUCGGAUUACGAAAUGUCAAAAGUUUCGUAACCUUCAACUUGACGGACGCUGGGACUUGGUGAAGCAGGCAUCACUAUGUUUCAAUUGCCUCAAGACCGGCCAUCGUAAUCGCGACUGUCCAUCUGGCUUAUGUCUCAAUUGCCAACAGAAGCACAAUACUCUUCUAUGUAGAAGGCUCCAGCAGACGAGUGUUGAAGGUACUUCCGCCAGAUUUACUUCUGGAGCGUCGGCUACAUCGCCAAUGGUGGCCCCAAAGAGUGACCGGACUAUUCUCUUAGCAACGGCAAACGUGCUUCUUGCUGACUGUAAGGGUUACUUAAAGGAAUGUCGAGCCCUUUGUGAUAUUGGUUCCCAGGUGAGCUUCGUUUGCGAAUCAUUAGUAACUAUUUUGAAUCUUCCUAGAAGUCCCUGUGAGUUCCAAGUCGAGGGUAUUGAUCAAAGCCUUUCAACCCGUACCAAAGGUGUUGUCAGAGUUAGUAUGCAGUCCCAGGUGGACGAGAAGUUCCAGAUCAGCUUCGAUGCGUACAUCAUUGAUUCAAUCACGUCGAUGACUCCUUCUACUAAUAUAGACAUCAGGACCAGUCAUCAUUUAAGGGAUCUCUGUUUAGCUGAUCCGGAAUUCGGUAUACCAGGUCCCGUAGAACUACUGAUUGGCGCGGAUAUUUGGCCUGCUCUUGUAUUAAACGACGUUGUUGCCGGUUCUCAUAACGAACCAUGUGCAUUACACACCCGUCUCGGAUGGGUAGUGCUAGGUCCAGUAGCAUCGAACGAGUCGAAGUCAACCCUUUUUUCAUCACUCAUUGACGUUUCCGAUGAUUCUACCACCGAUAAACUUCUAAGGAAAUUUUGGGAAGUAGAGGAGCCUCCUGAUAACAUCAAGGCGGAGGUGGACGAAUGUGAAGAGAUUUUCGCGAACACGGUUACGCGUCAUCCGAGUGGUCAAUAUAUAGUACAGAUACCAUUUCGAUCUGAUGCCUCUCCCCUUGGAAAUUCACAUUCGGCGGCACUUCGGCAAUUUUUGAAACUAGAGCGGACAUUGGCAAACGACUAUGUACUGAGGGAGAAAUACGUGGAAUUCAUGAGGGAAUACAUCAAUUUGGGACAUAUGGAGGCAAUCGAUGCUCCUCCAGUUGACAUAGGAAGCUGUUAUUACAUCCCUCACCAUGCUGUUUUGACUAAAUUCAGAGUAGUGUUUAACGCAUCAUCUAAAACAACGAACGGUGUAUCUCUUAACGAUACGCAAAUAAGUGGACCACGGCUACAGGAUAACCUGGUUGACAUACUUCAUCGAUUUCGGCGGUAUUCGGUAGCUCUCACAGCCGAUAUCAAAAAAAUGUUCCGACAGGUAAUGGUGGAUUCUAGGCAUCGGAAAUGGCAACAGAUCCUUUGGAGGGAAUGCCCUAAUGAACUCUUGCGUACCUAUCAACUUAAGACACUGACGUACGGUAUGGCAAGCAGUCCUUUUAAUGCUAUUAGGUCAUUGAGACAGUGUGCAUACGAUAAUUGGAAAGUGAUCGCUGACGUCAGCCGGGCAGCCGCAGCACGGGACAGCAUCCUUCAUAGCUUUUAUGUGGAUGAUUAUUUGGAAAGUGUCCACACGACAGAACUGGCCAUCAACCGUGCACGGGACGUUGAUGCCAUUCUUCAACAAGGUAAAUUUGAGUUAGAUAAAUGGAACUCCAACUGCGUCCAGACCCUGGAAGGAAUCAGUGGCUCUAAGGCGUCAGCAUCGGAGAUAAAUUUUAGCGAUUCCAGCACAACGGUAUUGGGCCUUCACUGGAAUCCUAUUACUGAUACGUUAUUCUUCAAGGUAAAGGCAUGUAACUUUGACACAAUUCCUACUAAACGGAUUGUUUUGAGUAAUAUUGCAAGAUUGUAUGAUCCACUGGGUCUGUUGGCACCGGUUGUCGUAACGGCCAAGAUGUUUGUUCAAAAUCUAUGGUUGGCGAAAUUGAGUUGGGAUACGCCUCUGCCAUCUAAUCUUCAAGAGAUUUGGAUGAGAUACCGGAAUAGUUUACAGACUCUCGAAAGGAUCAAAAUACCACGAUGGCUGGGAAUCAGAGAACAUGCUGUAUUGACACUACAUGGGUUCUGCGAUGCAAGUACCAAGGCUUACGCCGCAGUUAUUUACCUACGAAACACCAUCGCUAACGGAGGAUCCCAUACAUCUCUGAUUGUCGCAAAAACAAGAGUGGCUCCAUUGAAGGAAAUGACUAUCCCCCGCCUCGAACUUUCGGCAGCUCAGCUAUUGGUUACAACUAUGAACAACAUACGUCGCGCCUUGCAAAUGGAAGAUACGGCUUACACUUUAUGGAGUGACUCAACAAUUGUCCUCCAUUGGAUUCGGCGGGAACCCUCUUCAUUGAAACAAUAUGUGGCAAAUAGGAUAGCUUUUAUACAAUCAAAAUCGGAUAUAAACGCGUGGCGACACAUUCGUUCAGAAGACAAUCCCGCUGACUGCGCCAGCCGUGGAAUUACACCGAUAGGACUCAUGGGGAACGAGCUUUGGUGGAAGGGACCUCCUCUUAUUCAUGCGGUGAAUGAAUCAUUAUCAGCGUUACCAAGUCUCACAGCUGAGGAAAAUCAAACUUUUAUUGGGGAAAGCCGUCCGUUAACUGUGCAUCUUGGCGUUACCAGCGGGGACGGUUUACUGAUGACAUCCUUUGGAGCACAACGAGUACCUUUGGUAGCAAGGUUUAGCCGUUUGAGUGCCUUACUAAAUACAACUGCUCGAAUGCGUCGUAUAAUGCCGACGUUGAGAAGUCAGAGAUCACAGGAGUUGAUUACUGCUGAAGAGAAAGAAUGGGCACUAAUCACACAUAUUCGUCAAAGCCAAGGUAAAAUGUAUCAUUCUGAAAUUAGAGCACUUAAAUCUCGUUCCAGCAUCGCUUUGUCAAGUAACCUGCUUCCACUGAACCCAAUUUUGGACGAAGAGGGCCUACUGCGUGUUGGUGGUCGGUUAACAAAUUCGGAAUUACCGUAUGAGCAAAAACAUCCAAUCAUUCUUGCCAAUACCUGUCCAUUGGCAAAACUUCUCGUAAGUGAUGGGCAUAGGUGCUGUCUCCAUGGUGGGAUACAGGAAAUGCUGCGGUACUUACGCAUGCGAUUUUGGAUUAUGCAUGCACGUCGGCUUGUAAAGUCAUAUCUUCAUCAGUGCGUCACAUGCCGUCGACACUCCCGAGUAACUCAGCAUCAACAGAUGUCCUCACUUCCAAAAUCCCGAGUUAUGAUUGCCCCACCCUUUACCCAUACCGGGUUAGACUAUUGCGGGCCAUUCAAUGUUCGUCAUGGAGGAAAGCGAACCACUACAAUGAGCAAAACUUACGGAGCGAUUUUCAUUUGUAUGGCUACGAAGGCCGUACAUAUCGAACUUGCGGAAAAUUUGUCGACUCAGGCAUUUAUCGAUGUGUUUGAUCGCUUCAUAAGCCGCCGUGGAAUAUGUUCGAUCCUUUAUAGCGAUAACGGAACGCAAUUUGUAGGUGCUAGUCGAGUUCUAUAUCAAGACCUUCAAAGUUGGAGAAAUAUAUAUGCAACUCAGCAUAUUGCAGCUUCCGGCACGCAGUGGAAAUUAAUCACUCCAGCCGCACCCCAUCAUGGAGGUCUUUGGGAGGCAGCUGUGCGUUCAGCAAAAAAACAUCUCUAUCGCACAAUUGGUCGCCAAAUCUUACGCUUCAAUCAACUGAGUACACUACUUGUUCGGAUUGAGGCUUGUUUGAAUUCCAGGCCACUCGUUCCUCUUCACGAUGACCCCAAUGGUAGCUACGCACUCACACCUGGCGACUUUCUCAUUGGUCGACCGCUCAAUUCGCGCCCAGAACCACCUAUUGAUGAUAUUCCACAAAAUCGUCUUAUAUAUUCUCAACAAUUACAGAAAAUGUUCGAGCAUUUUUGGAAGCGGGGGAACCGUGAAUAUUUAUCCAGCUUACAGGCGCGUCGCAAGUGGGAAGGUCGACGUGAGAAUCUCCAGCCAGGAGAUGUAGUACUGAUUCAGAACGAGAAUCUACCACCCAUGCAUUGGCGCAUGGGGCGCAUCACUGAAGUUCACCCUGGCAGCGACGGAUUGGUACGAAUAGUUACGGUUGAAUAUAACAGUGAGAAACGUACACCUGAAGGACUUUUUGUUAAGCACCACUGCCAACGUCCAGUGCAAAAGAUUUGCCGUCUUAUUGAUCCAAAUCGAGAAUUCCUGAACCCUGACGGUUCAGCCGGGCAGGAAUGUUAA